CACUGCCGAUUUCGGCAUUGUCGGUACGUGACGUUGUAUCUUUUUCUUGCUUACGAAUUCUCAAACUGACAACCACACUAGCCAUCGAUAUGAUCCUCCUUCUCUGUGUCGCCGUCGUGGUCAAGGACCGCAAGGAGAAGGAGCGCUACCGCCUCAUCGAUGCGAAGAACGGCUUCGAGGGUAUUUAAAGUCUGCAUGCAUGCCAUGCGCUUAUGAGGAAUCUACCGCGAUGAAGUAGCAAGAUACUACACCUGUUCGCACGCUAUUGAUGAAAUCAUGUCAGCGAUGCUCAUCCAGUUAUAUACUUUUUUUCCCCCGCAGUUGACAGCUUCGUUUUCUUCGUUUCGUUCGCCCACAACCUGUACAAAGCUGACUCGGCUGCUCAAGAACUGGAGUCUAUGUGCGACGAUGCAUAUCCUCUGUCUAUCUUCUAGCGUAAUAAUGAGUCGAGUUUGUUUCAUUCCCUUGCAUAGCUGCAUGCGCAUCUGUGUUGCGUAUCGUAUUGUGUGGUGGGGGAUAUCAUCGAUCUCGAACGAUCUAUCAGGCGGGUAGUUGAUAGAGGUCCGGUCCAGUCAUCUAAUCAAUAAGAAACAUGUAAAGGAAUGACUCCCAAAACUUAUCUGACCAUGUUUGUGAUCUCUAUUUCAUUCUAUCUUGACAGCCUGAAGCCUGGGUUCUCUAGCAAGCUCAAAAUCAAACUCAAACAAUUUAUUAUCUCUGUCGAUGU